AUGGAUCGUUAUCAGAAGACCGUGCGGCGAGUGAAUGGAUUGAGCCUAGAACUUACCCUACAUUACAUCCUCCCCGCCCUCAAGCCAGGACCGUUUAAGGACAGCGUCUGUCGACGGGCCCCCAAAACUAUGGAAGAGUUGAGGGAGAGGGCCGCGGACGAAAUCAGGGUGGAAGAAAUGAAGCUGUCGUACACAAAAGAGAGUCAGGAGCAUAGGGGGGAAAAGAUGGACGGGGGGAAAUCGGGCACUUCGGCAGGAAAAUCGGGCGGUCUCAGACAGAGAGAACCACGUCGAGGACCCCGUUUCCAACAAUACACCCCUUUGAACGCCCCCAGGGAGAAGAUCCUCCGAGAAGCGCUAAGUGCGGAAUUGCUCCCUGAACCCAUGAAGCGACCUACUCCGUCAAGCGCGGACGGAAGCAAACACUAUGUAUACCACAAGAACAUGGGUCAUACUACGGAAGAGUGCGUGACCCUAAAGGACAAAAUUGAAGAGCUAAUCCGGGCGAGACAACUGAAAAAAUACGUUCGAGUUGACCGUCCUCUGACACCCGCAGAGCGACCCAGCCCGCGGCAGGCCUAUAGGCACAACAGAUCUAAAAACAAUCGGACCGAUCCCCCGCGCUCAGAGCGGCGACGAAGCAAAAGCCGCAGCAGAAGCCGCGAUCGUCCUCUACGGGGACACAUUAACACCAUAUCGGGAGGCUUCACCGGGGGAGGGUCAUCCUCGUCCGCCCAGAAACGCCAUGUGCGGGCUCUACAGUCCGUUCACUCAGUGGACAAGCCCCGGCGUACGAUGCCGCCCAUCACAUUUUCAGACGACGACUUCCAUGCCCCUGACCCCGACCAAGACGACCCGAUGGUGAUAACAGCGGAGAUCGCCCGAUAUGGUGUAAGUGAAGUCCUGGUGGAUCAGGGAAGUUCGGUGAACAUCCUCUACUGGAAAACCUUCCAACAGAUGGAUAUAUCGGAGGAUCUCAUCGUCUCUUAUAACGGGAAAAUAGUAGGAUUCGCGGGUGAAAGGGUAGACACUCGGGGAUACGUGGAAUUGCGCACUAGGUUGGGGACCGGGCGGUCUAGCGAGGAGAAGAGGGUCUAG